AUGUCAUAUGAACCGGAUCAUUAUGAAGGUUCUGUACCUGUUUUCAAACCGGAUUAUGAGACGUUUCGAGAUUUUUACAAGUUUAUGUGUGAAGUCAAUAAAUAUGGGAUGAAGUCAGGUAUUAUUAAGAUUGUACCCCCGGAGCAGUGGGUAGAUAAGGUUGCGUUCCCACCGUCUGCAGAGACCUUGCAGAAAAUUAAGAUCAAGACUCCUAUUCAGCAGCAUAUCAGUGGAUCUAAAGGUGUUUUCGUUGUACAAAACGUGGAAAAACCUAAAUCUUACAACGUAAUACAGUGGAAGCAUCUUUCGCACGAUUAUAAGCUACCUGAGGGUAGACACUCAGCUAAGAAUGAGGAUUCUUCUGGGAUAGAGCCGCACCAGCAGAGUAACAAAGUAAGGUCAAAAUGUCUUGAUUCGUUUACGUUGGACGAUUUCGAAAAAUUUAGAGAAAAUUUUAACUGUGAUCAUUUGGAACAGUUUGACGACGAACAACGUGUUGAGUUUUUGGAGAGCUACUAUUGGAAGACUCUUAAUUUCACGGAGCCCAUGUACGGUGCUGAUAGUCUCGGAUCUUUGUUUGAAGAUUCGGUGAAAGAAUGGAAUAUUUCGUCAUUGCCCAGUAUAUUGGAAUAUCUUGAUGAAAAAGUUCCUGGUGUAAACGAAUCUUACCUUUAUGCUGGUUUGUGGAAAGCAUCAUUUGCAUGGCAUUUAGAAGAUCAAGAUCUUUACUCCAUUAACUAUAUACAUUUUGGGGCUCCAAAACAAUGGUAUUCGAUUCCCCAAGAGGAUUCAGAAAAAUUCUAUAAUUUCAUGAAGGAACAGUUCCCUGAAGAAUCGAAGAAUUGUUCGGAGUUUUUAAGGCAUAAGAUGUUUUUGGUAAGUCCGAAAUUGCUUCAAAGUAACGGUAUUAGAUGUAACCAUAUCGUUCAUCGUCAGCAAGAAUUUAUUGUUACCUACCCAUUCGGAUAUCACGCUGGGUUCAACUAUGGUUAUAACUUGGCAGAAUCAGUUAACUUCGCAUUGCCAUCGUGGUUGGACAUUGGUGCUAAGGCUAAGAAAUGUCUGUGUAUCGACGAUGCAGUCGGUAUCAAUGUGCAAAAACUAAGAUCAAAUUAUAUGCAUUCGCCAAACGGAGGGGCACAAAAGGAAACUGGGAAAGAGGUUCAAAACGAUAAGUCGAUAUCAUCAUCAAAAACGUUAGAAGAAGUUUUAGAAGAACGUCCGCCUCUAAAAAAAUUUAAGAUGGGUGAUUCUGAUAGGUCAUUCGAUUCGGUAAAAUCAACUCCAGAGUUUUUAUUAAAGACGAAUUCAGAUUUAUUAGACGAAAAGGCAAACCUGGAUAAUCUUAACAAUAAUAAUAAUAGCUCGAUAAGAUCUACUACACCAAACAGUCAAAAGACUGGACUUUAUGGUUUUGGAAUUAAAAAGGAAGGUGCUUUUAACAGUAAUACUUCUAUAUCAAGAGUAUCAUCCCCACUGCUGUCAAGGAUGAUGGAUUUGUCUCACAUCGUAGAGCCAACGUUAGAGGAUCCAACGUUGAAGUUCAAAAAGAAACAAUCACAGUUCAUGCCCUUAUCUAUGGCUCAACAGCAGGCUAUUUUCCCACCUCCAGCACAAAAUCCUCUACCAGCACCUUCAGGUCAAAUGUCCCCUUCAGAAAAUGCCUUUUUCUCGCCAUCACACGAUCAUGAAGACAACAUGAUUGCUCUAUCACUUGCAUUAAUGGCUAAUUCUUCUCCAGCAUUCAAUCAGCUUCCUCCCCUUAAUAUUUCAAAUCCAAGACCGUAUUCCCCAAUAUUACAAGAUUCAAUUCUUUCACCAAGGCCUUCAUAUAACUCUAAUGUUUUAUCUUAUGGACAAGCUGGUAAUACAAAAUCUCCUUUAGGGGGUUUUAGUUCAAGCACGCAGCUUCCUUUCAUCAAAAGAAUACAAUCACCUAACAGAGUGACUCUCAAUAUAUCAAGGGAAUCAUCUCGAUCUCCAGUAUCUCUGAGUGGUAUGUACGGGAAUCCUAACGCAAUGAUGGUACCGAUCCCACAUCCUUAUCAAUCUAGUCAAACCAGUACGUUGAACCAGGUUUCUACUGCAGAAAGAUCUCCGGCUGUAACACCACCAACUUCACCAAGUAAAAACAAGCCAGCAAGGAAGAAAGCACCAAAACAACCAAAAGCAAAAAUUGAUCCUGAAUCUCCAACGUCUGCAUUAGCACAAUCAAAAAUAAACGAUGAAGAAAUAAUGUUUCUGGACGAUGGUUCAAAGGUUUAUGUUUGUCAAGAGUGUGCAAGACAGUUUUCCUCUGGUCAUCAUUUGACAAGACAUAAAAAAUCGGUCCAUUCAGGUGAGAAGCCUCAUUCUUGUCCAAAGUGUGGUAAAAAGUUCAAGAGAAGAGAUCAUGUCCUACAGCACUUGAAUAAAAAGAUUCCAUGUGUUCCAGAUCAAGACACUGCCCCUAAGGUUGGUAGUUAA